AUGAGAUUUUUUGAGAGCUGUGGAGACAGCUCGAAAGCAGCAGCACAAUCUUGGCUGGAGGACUUCCUUGUCAACAAGGGAGAGCAAUCUUCGGAUGCAGAUGCAGACCCCUGGGAGGAGGAUGAGACGCCGACGGCGUCCAAGAACCUGGAGGCCUUCGCGGGCAUUCCGACACCCACGGCGGUGGCCAGCAGUGAAGAGAAAGGUUCCGAAGCCCGGGUCCUGCAGGAAGAGGUCGAGAGGCUGAAAGCUGCCUUGGACGAGAGCCAGAAGAGGUGCUCGGAGCUGGAGCCUUUGGCCAGACAGCUUCAGCACAGCCAGGAGAAGGUUGAAAUGCUCGAGCAAGCCGCGAGGAACCAGCAGCAGGUCUUCCAGGCGCAAAUGGAGCUUGUGGACAAUGUGCGGAGCCAACACCAGGUGCAGCUCCAGGACAUCCGAGAGCGGAGUGAGGCGGAGCGACAGCUCCUGGCGGAAAGAGCAAAGGCUGAGGCCGAGGUGAAGAUCAGAGAGGUGCAGCAUGAGGCCUCUCUGAAGCAGCGCGAAGCAGAACUACGCUUGGCCGAGUUGCAGGCUCAGCUGCAGCAAGCGAGCCAGGAGGCCCAGCAGGCAGCGACUGAGGCGCAGCGGCAUCUGGCGAAGAGCUUGACAACUACUCUGGACCAGGCCGAGGACUGUGAGGGGAUAAACAAGCGACCUCCGACACUGGGCAAGCUGGAUGCAGAGCUCAAUGCAGUCGCCGAUGAACUCGGGGAUGAAGCGAUCGUUGAGGUGACGGCGGGCCCGCGGAAAGGUAUAAUAUGCGUCACCCUCCGCCCAGAGCAUGGUGGCCACCUCACUGCAGGGGCUGGACGGGGUGGCCGGGACGUGAUGUUGCCCGGAUCCGCUUUGUCCUUCAAGCUCGACGGCACGCCGGCUGCUGCAAACGGCCCACCUCCCCUUCGGGUUUCCGCCCAAGGCGAGUGGAAUCUGGGGCAAGAUGGAUUGGGCUGCUGCCUGACGGUUGCGCCCCUGUUCGGGACUGGCGCAUGGCGCCUCCUCCCCAGCGUCGAAAUGGGUGCUGGUCUUGGCGGGCUCUUCGGCCUCAUACGCCCGGGAUCUCAGCAGAGCUAUCUCCAGGUCUGCUUGACAGAUCCACUUGGGAGGCACAAGACUCGGUUGCGAGCUUCCUCUCGGGACCUGCGACUGCAAGAUGCAUCGCUCCUAGACGUGCCACUGCAGUCUUCGAAGGCAUCGGUGUCCCAUCAGUUUUUGAGCCUCCGCCUUUUGGAAGUGUUGCGAAUCGAAACCGUGGAAGGUGUCCUAACUCUUGCCUUGCGGUGCAUGAACAGCUACGGACAGGAAGAUGAUGGUGGUCAGCUGGGAGCAUCCUGUGAAGUUGCCGGCCUCCUCGGGCGCGUGGCCCUGGCACAGGUCGCGCGCGCUGAAGCGGCCUGGGCUCGCUGGGGCAGCGGCCUGGGCGCUGCCUGGCAGGUCUCUGCGAGUGCAGCCCUGGCCUCAUCACUCAACGCAGCCACCAUUCCUUGGGAGGAGCUGUUCAGUUCAAUCGAAAAGAAAGUGCACCACAGAGCGGCUCUUCCUGGGAGGCGUGACAGGCCAAGGGCCUGGGGAGACUUCGAACCGACAUACGGGGGGAAAGACUUCUUGGCUUCGGACCUCACGGAUUGGGCGCCGCGAUUUGGCCUGGUGAACGGCUUGGGAGGGCUCAGGACCUAUACUACUUCGGAGCCCACCCGAAUCGAGACUGGUCAGACCACAUUCCUUGGCGGGGACACGCGUGCCAGCGUCGAGGGUUCCAUGCGGUGGCCGGUGCCAUUGGGUUUCGGGCUCCAUGUCUUCGUCUUCGGGUCGGCCGGCGUUCUGCUGGAGCGCAUGCCGCUCGCUUUUGUUCUUUUGUUCGCCGCUUCCGGCCGUUUCGAGGGCAUUCGAUUGGUUGUCUGCAAGGCUUCGAAACACCGUGAGAAGGAAGCUCACCAAGGUAGAAGCCCGACGGCGGGGCAGCUGUUGCCGAUCCCACGUGUGACCACGUGA